UAAACUGGUGCUACCUGGAAACAAAAACAUUUAUUUCCUUAUUGUUGAAGAACGGGUGCUACAUAAGAGAUCAUUUCCUUCACUUAAAAGCAAGAAUCUGGCAUAGAGAAGCUUACUUUGUAUAAUGACUGGGAAUCAUGCAGAGGACUUUUUACGCAUUGCACACAUGAGCUGUAUUGUACCUGAGCCAAGAUGGCCUAUGAUUCCUCUCAGAAUAAAAUAUCCAGAGUUGACGCAAAAGUCAAAGCAUGAUAUAUUUAACAUCAAAAAUAUCUCUGUGGAAGAACAGCUUGGGAAGCCACAUGAAAAGCUUGCUGAUUCAACCUUUGACUGCAAUGAUAAUGAGUCAGACUGUAGCAGUGAAGACACAGUAAGCCUAAGUGAAGAUCUAGAUUUUCAAAGAAACUCAACUAGGUCAACACAUGACCUUAUAAGUGUAACCGCUGACACCAAUAAAGGCAAGAAAAUGUCAGAAGAGGAAAAAGAGAAGCUUGAAUGGCUACAAGCCAAAAAAGAGGUCAGCAAGUUCCUUGGACUUGUAAACCCAGACAGUGGCUUCAUGAUCAGAAUGAAUAAUGAAGCUCAUGUCAAAGAUGCAAAGCCAAUCCUUGAUAACAAGAAGAUCUGUCUCUUUACAAAGAUACCUCUUCCCAAUACAAGACAGAAUGCAGUUUUCCUAAAUAUGUUGCGAGAGCCACAUAAAAUGUAUUCAGAUAGUGAAAACUGCAACAACCAUAAGACUAACUGUACGGACACAGAGAGAAGGUUAGGCUCAAAAAAAAUAAUAACUAAACCAAAGGCACAAAUCAUCAAUGGCAUUAAUGAAGACAGUAUCAAGAAACCAUCAAGACCUCUUCUUCACUCUAACCAAGGAAACUACCUGAAAACUCUUAUUUCCAAAGCUUCAUAUGACAAUGUGCAUUAAAAAUGCUAUUUAUGGACAACUACGUGAAAAAAUAAUAAAUGUUAACAGGUUUUAUAUUACAAUAUCAGAUUAUCCUUAGAGUGUUCAGAUCAAUGACAUGUAUAUGUACUUUGUUUCACUUGAAAAUCACAAUGUAUCAUUUACCCAAUGCAUGAUACAUUGUUCUACCACUGUGACAGAUAUAUUAAUUAAGAUAAUGCACAUGUAAGGAAAAUAAAUGAUUUCAAAGGCUUACCAUUGUGGGUUUUGCAUAUGCAUUCCCUGUAUUUCUCAUCAUGGUGUGAUUCAAACCAAUGCAUUUUUCCCUCAUUAUAUUUGGGCCGUAUAUGCUGUCCAAUUCCACCGUCUCCAGUCUUUAAUUCUGUUCUCAUCAGUUCCUCUGUUACAACUGGUUGGUAUUAUAAGCCCACAGGAAUCCUAUGGGUUUAGUGGUGAAAUGCAAGCAACAGAUUUACAAAACAUAGGCUGUCCACAGACAUUAGAUAGAUAGAUAGAUAGAUAGAUAGAUAGAUAGAUAGAUAGAUAGAUAGAUAGAUAGAUAGA